UAGUGGAGGUGGUUGGAGUCCCCUGGCAACCCUGGGGCAUUGCUGGGCCACAGGCAUCCCAAGAUUGCAGAUGUGUGCUGGCACAGGGGAGGGACAAUCCUGCCCCUGGCAUUGUCAGAUGCUCUUCAGGUUCUGCCAUGCAGACCGUGGACUUGGCUUCCUCUAGAAAUUCCUUGUGUAGAUAUCUGACACUUUGCCACAGUGUGGGAUCACUGUCCCCAGCCUGGCCAAUGCUGCUCCCAGAGCUGCCCCCUCCCCUUCUCCUCCUGUUCCCAGUGGUGCUGCCACCCCUGCCCUAUGCUCUGUCAGCAUGUGCCUGGGGGUCAUGGGGCAGCUUCUGUUUAGCUUGAAGCUCUCCAGGGUGGUCCUGUGGUCGUUCUGGGCUGGUGUGUGCUGAUAACUCUGUCUAUUCUGAGGUCUGUUCUGCCAAGAGCUUUGCUUUAUUCCUACCUGUGAGAUUUUAAGCAGCACUUGUAGCUACAAAAUGGACUUCAUGUGACCACAAGUCUUUUCCUUGGAUGUGGUAGUUCAAGGACAGCUUCCCCCUGACCCCUCAUCCCCUUUGCCAGACCCAUUUUCUGCUGAGCAAAGCACACCCGCUGUGCUGCUGGCACCCUCUGGGUAACCUCCAGGGCCAAAGGGAUUAUUUCUGACAGCAGGACCUUUGUGCUGCUCCUGAGCUGGUUUACUUAGCCUGAUCCAAAACUUCCUGAAAGCCCCAUCUGCUAUGUCAGCUGGAUUACCCUCCUCAGCCAUCCAGCAAGUCCUCACAACAUGGUUUUAGCAAGUGUUGCUCCCAGGCCCGGAGCUCAACCUUGAGGUUGUUCCUGUCUGGAUACAGCCUGCCAGGAGUGUCUCAGUGUGCCCAGAGAUGGGACCUGCUUUGAGACACUUGUGGGUUUGCAGAAGGGAUGGUCAAUUAUGAGCCAGCUUCAGUGGCACUUGGUGGGUGAGGGAAUGGCUUUGCUGGCCAAGUUUAAUAUUGCAAAGUGAGCAGCUGAUAUCCAGGACAAAGUUAUUUCUUCAGCUGGAAGGAGCUUCCUUCAUUUUGCUUGAUGCAGAAGAAUAAAGCAAGCACUGUGGCACUGCUUUGAAUGCCCCCUAGAGGAUGAAGGACCAGCUGGUUCAGUCAUGUAGCAGAAAUGUUACUGGAAAGGGUGUGUUUAUCUUCAGGAACAUAAAACACUCGUAAAUCCAAGGGUGCUGUUUGCCAUUUGAGCAGUGUGCCUUCACUCCAGCCACCUGUCCCCAGUACUUUGGAUGUUGUGCCCCAGGUGUGCCUUGGGCUCAGAUCUGUCUCCUGCCCACAGGACCCCUGUCUCUGUGUGCCCUCAUGUCACAGCAGUAUUCAGUUGAAGCUGUCCCCUAUGCCAUGCCACCUGCUCCAAAGGGAGCUUCCAUUAGCACGGCCUUUCCUGACAAAUCCCAUUUCUGAGUGCAAGAUCUCUCCUUCCUUUCCUUCACCCUCUGUACUCACGGACAGAAAGCUGCUUUCCCUGUCCUCAGGUGAGUAAAUCAGGGAGCAGAACCUGCUAGAUAUGGUGCCUGCUGCUAGAUAUGAGCUCCAGCUGCUCCUGCCCUGGCUCAUACCAGGCUUUGUGGCACUUUGAGCAAUGUGGGCCUGUUCUUGGCUCCAGGGAGCCAGAGGGAACAGCUUGUUUCCACUUGUUUAUGCUUCCACCAGCCCCUAACCCCUGUCACAGUGUUUCCAUAUGGGAGAACAUGGACCAUGCCAUGUGCCUCUCUGCUCUCCUGUCCAGGCCUGCUGGCUCUGGAUGGGUGGCUUUGCUGCUUCCCUCACACUGUGCUUCUUCCUCAUUGGGCACAGCCAGUUUGGGGACAGGGAUGCCAAGGCAGAGACCUCCUGGAGGAAAUGGCUCUGCUGCCACCCAGGCCUGCUCUCCAGGGGCUGGCCCUGUUCCAGGUGGGACCUUGGGUCUGCACCUGGGUUUAGGGUGUCAGCAACAAGACUUAGCUACUCAAGCUCAGGAAGGACCUCGUGAUUUGGCCAGCAUCCCCCAGGCCAUCAGAGCCCCGUUAUUUCCAUGGCAGAGAGUUUGGGCUUAAAAUUCCAUCUGAGGUCAGCUGGAGUUGAAAACGAGACAUUGUAAGUUGCUGGCUGAAGCCACGUCAAGGGGAGGAGCAUGGGACAGCAGGGCACCCUUGGCUUGAUGUUCUGCUUCAUGUUCUGGCUGCUGGUUCCAUCAAGAUGAGGAGGCAGUGGGUUGAGGCUUGGUGUCACCACAGCAAGAACCAUGAGCAGGUUGGAGAUGGAGUGUGCCAGCCCCACCAGACUGAUCUUGUGCUUGCCAUGGGGUGGCUUUUUGGAGAACAGCUCUGAACCCUGGGACAGGGCAUCCUCACUGUGCUGCCUCAGGGCUCCCAGGUCAUUCCCUGGAUGGAUGGUGAAGCUCUGUUCCCUUCCACAGGUGGGUUUUGGGCAUCUGAACUGCCAAUUGGAUCCCAUCAGCAAUGGGAUGGCAAGGGAACAGCAGGGUUCAGCACCAGGGUGGCAGCACAGGAGCCUCAGAACUGACCUGUCCAUCAGCAUAGGGUUGCAGGGGUUGCUGACCUGGCCCUUACCUUCCCUGUUUCUCUUCUUAGCUCCCGCACCUCUGCAGCCGAGAAGGAGAUGGGAGGUGAGUGACAGGAGAUAGCCUGGAGGUCCAGGCACUGCAGGCCUGGUUUUGUGGGGGAAGGACCCAGGUACCACAACCUCAAAAAAUGAGCUGGAUGAAGAACAACGUGGUUCCUGGCCCAGUCUUGCCCCUCAGCAAAGACUCAGCCUCUGCUCAGGCACAGAGCAAGCAGAGCCCAUGUCAGUGCUGGGGGGCUCUUCUGAUGUCCAAGCCAGGGCCUCUCUCCCCUUUACCCACACUGGAAGCUCCUGGGGAAGACAUAGGAGCUUGGUGGGGCAUGGCCCAUCUUCAUCCUCUUCCACCCCAGGAGCAGAAAAAAGGGAGAAGCAAUACCAAGCCCAUCAGGGAUUUGGGGAUCACCAUGGUGGAGUCACCAGUGCCCACACCUAUUUCUACACUGAUGAGGCCAAGUGUGACCAACACAUGGAGACUUUCCUCCGCUGUAUUGAUGCCUCAAGUGGCAGCUCAGAGGAUGGCUUCUCUGCCAUCAAGCUGACAGCACUGGCCAGACCUCAGUUCCUGGUGCGGUUCUCAGAGGUGCUGGUGAAGUGGCGGAGAUUCUUCCACCAAAUGGCCACAGAGCAAGGCCAGGCCGGGUGGGCUGUGCUGGACACAAAGCUGGAGGUGGAGAAGCUGCAGGAGGCACUGGCCAACCUUGGCAUCAUGAGCAAGGCAGAGAGCCAGCAGUGGUUAGCAGGCGAGAAUGUGGGCAUGAGCGGCACUGUGGACCUGCUGGACUGGAACAGCCUGCUUGACAGCUGCACCAAGCUCUCCAGGCCUCUGCUCAUCCCCAACAGGAAGACUGGGCAGCUGGAGCCUCUGCUAUCACGCUUCAGCAAGGAGGAGGAGCUGCAGAUGAAGCGGGUGCUGCAACGCAUGGAUGUCCUUGCAAAGAGAGCCAUGGAGAAGGGUGUGAGGCUGAUGGUAGAUGCGGAGCAGAGCUACUUCCAGCCAGCCAUCAGCCGCCUCACCAUAGAGACACAACGCUGCUUCAACAGGAGCCAGCCCAUCAUCUACAACACCUACCAGUGCUACCUGAAGGAGGCUUACAACAAUGUGACAGGGGACAUGGAGCUGUCACGCCGGGAGAGCUGGCACUUUGGCACCAAGCUGGUGCGUGGGGCCUACAUGGAGCAGGAGAGGGAGAGGGCGGCUCAGAUGGGCUAUGAAGAUCCCAUCAACCCAACCUAUGAGAAGACCAACGAGAUGUACCACCGGUGCCUGGACUAUGUCCUGGAGGAGAUCAAGCAUAGCCAGAAAGCCAGCGUGAUGGUGGCAUCUCACAACGAGGACACAGUGAAGUUCACCCUGCGCAGGAUGAUGGAGCUGGGGAUCCAUCCCUCAGACAAGAAGGUGUGCUUCGGGCAGUUGCUGGGCAUGUGUGACCAGAUCACCUUCCCCCUGGGCCAGGCUGGCUUCCCCGUGUACAAGUAUGUGCCCUAUGGGCCGGUGAAUGAGGUGCUGCCUUACUUGUCCCGCCGGGCCCAGGAGAACAGGGGCUUCAUGCAGCGGGCAAACCGUGAGCGGGACCUGCUCUGGAAAGAGGUCAAGAGGCGUCUCCUCACAGGAAACCUCUUCAGCCACUGACCCCAGCCUCAGCCCUGGGGCUCUCGUACCUUCAGCCUGAACCACUGUGAGCAUUCACCAUCCGAGUUCUGCUGCAGCUCCCCCAGCCCCCUUUGCCCUGGGAGAGAAGUGUCCUUGUUGCUGUUGAACCACUCAAGCCUUACAGUGACCUCUGGGAUCACCCCAGCUGCCCCAGGGAUGUCUUUCUGCUGCACCACAGCCUCUUGAGCUGUCCCAAGGGAGAUGCUGGGGCUCUCCUGCCAGCUCGCCCUGUGCCUUGAUGAACACUGUCCCAGCGUUUUUUCCCUGAUUUAUCUACUUGCCUUGUGCCCAUGGGCUCAGGUCCAGGUGGCUGGGUGACUUGGGGACAGGCUGGCCUCAGCCAGAAGCUCCUCCAGCCUGUGCCAGGGUUGGAGCUUUCUGCCCAGCAGACCUUUGAAGGGGCAGGGUCAGCCCCUGUUGCCUGUCUCUGACAGCUACCUGCCUGCUCACUGGCUUUGCACGGACCAGAGCUGGGCAGGUCCAGGCUCUCCCCUAUCCCAUGUCAAAUGGAACAGGAGGGGCGAGACUAGUGGGCUGGCCCCAUCCCUGUACCAUUCCCUGGUUCUAAUGAUGGACCAGGGGGAGUUGGGAGCACCAGGACCUGGACCAUAGUUCAUCUCUGCUGUACAUUGGAUUUGGAAUGGUGCAUUGUACAUUGGAGAAUGGAAAUGGUAAAAUCACAAGUUUUCCUGCUCCCA